AUGGUGGCAGGAGUGCCCAGUGCUGGGCAGCCUAGCGCCCUCGAGCACCAGGGGGUGGGAGCGGGAGCAGGCAUGACAGUACCUACCCCUUCUAGGGGUGCCACCUGGACGAGCCUGACGGACCAGCCGGCUGGGGCGUGGGAGCCUGGAGAUCCGGUUGAGGUGCGACAGCAUGGCAAUCUCGCUGGGACGUGGGAAACUGUGUCCAGUGUUGAGAUCGAGAUGAGUGGCCUCAUGAAUGUUCUGCUGGUCACGUCAGCAGCCUUGCUGGUUAUAGCUAACGGACAGAGCAACUAUGAUAUGUUGAGGGAGGUUGACAAGAAACAUGUUGACAUGGCUAUAAGAUAUGCAAAUAAGAAUAGUGAGUUUCAGAACAAUCGAAAAGAGCACCUCAAUUUUUUGCAAGUUCUUGGACAAUCUGAGAUCAACGCUCGGGAAUAUAAAAUCAACUUGUUCUUGAAAGCAACAGUUUGCUCUAAGGCCAGUAGUGACAGUGAACAUAAACAUCGCCCUGAAUGUGGCUUUAAAUCCAGAAGGCCUUUUAUAAACUGUGUUGUUUGCAGCAAAGACUUCCAUGACAGCACUGCCCCCUACAUUGACUGUGUUAUCCACAAAGAUGUGAAGCAAGAUGACAUCCGACAUGACAAGUGUUCAAAACUUCAACAUGGAGUGAGUUCACCUUUAGCCUUACGUGCCAAAGAAGACCUUCAGACUGGAUGCCUCGGCUGUUUCUGAUAACUAAUGAAAGUACGUGUCCAGCACUGACGGUCAGAGGCAGUCCUUAUAAAGCACUUCUGUCUUUGGAUUUAUAAUGUAGCCUGUUGGAAUUUAACACAAUGCAAUUGUCUCAAAAAUACGUUUUCAAAUUUUUAAUCCCUUAUAUUAUCGUAAUUCACACAGAAUAUUUAUCUAAACGUACCCUUCUUUGCUGAUUCUCCACAUAUAUUUAAAGAUAGUGAGAACAGUCUGCUACUUAAGAUUCACAUGGAUUACCCCACCGCUUAUUUCAAUGUUGUACGUUUACGAAAUAAUAUUACUGUUGAAAGUAAAGCUUACUCUAAUUUAACCAGUAUGAGGGGUGAAAAAUGAUUGCAUCAAAUAAAAAACAAAUGAAAUAAG